AAACAUGGGCGGAAGAGUUGAAAACGUUGGUAUACUCGCCAUGGAGUUAUACUUCCCUUCACAAUACGUAGACCAAACGGAACUGGAAAAAUUUGACGGCGCUUCCACCGGCAAGUACACAGUCGGCCUCGGGCAGCUCAAAAUGGGCUUUUGCUCUGACAGGGAAGACAUAAACUCUAUUUGUAUGACAGCUCUGCACAGACUGAUCGAGAAAAACAGCAUAAAUCUUCAUGACAUUGGCCGGCUAGAGGUUGGUACUGAGACAAUCAUUGAUAAAAGUAAGAGUGUGAAGACCUACCUCAUGACCUUGUUUGCUGAGGAAGGUGCAACUGAUAUUGAAGGUAUUGACACAACCAAUGCUUGCUAUGGAGGUACUGCAGCUCUGUUUAAUGCUGUGAACUGGGUGGAGUCAUCUUCCUGGGAUGGCAGAAAGGCGAUAGUGGUGGCAGGAGACAUUGCAGUGUACGGCAAGGGGCCAGCGAGGCCCACAGGUGGGGCAGGAGCUGUGGCCAUGCUCAUAGGGCCCAAUGCUCCCCUGGUACUUGACUGUGGUGUCCGUGCUUCAUACAUGACUCAUGCUUAUGACUUCUACAAGCCAGACUUGGCAUCAGAGUUCCCAUUUGUUGAUGGGAAGCUCUCCAUUAAAUGCUACCUCAGUGCUUUAGAUAAUUGUUACAAUUUGUAUUGUAAGAAGAUGAGGAAGAUAGAUCCUGACUUCAAAGGCUUAUUGAGCUUAGAUGGUAUGUUGUUCCACUGUCCAUACAGUAAACUAGUACAGAAGUCCCUAGCUAGAGUGUGUUUCAAUGAUUUCCUCAAUGCAUCACCAGAGCAAAGAGAAAAACAGUUUCCAGGUUUAUCCAACUUCAGUUCCCACAAAUUGGAGGAAACAUACUUUGAUAGAGAUGUAGAAAAAGCUUUCAUGACAUACAGCGAGGCUCUGUUUGAAGAGAAGACCAAGCCAUCACUGUAUAUAGCAAAGAAUGUAGGAAACAUGUACACACCAUCACUGUAUGGAGGCCUUGCUUCAUAUCUCAUCAGUAAAUCUCCUGAGCAGCUGAUUGGGAAGAAGUUUGCACUAUUUUCAUAUGGUUCAGGUCUGGCCUCAACUAUGUAUUCAAUAAAUAUUUGCAAUGACAUGAGUGUUGGUUCAAAGUUGGCAAAACUGUUGAGUUCAUUGAAUGAAACAGUUUCUUUAUUAAAUGAAAGGCAGAGUGUGGAGCCUAGCAAGUUCUCGGACAUUAUGGACAUUAGAACUAUGAACUACCACACAGCUCCUUAUCAGCCAUCGGGAUCAAUAGACAUACUGUUCCCCGGCACGUACUACCUCAUUGACAUUGAUGAACUAAGAAGACGUUUUUAUGCAAGGAAAGUUUGAAGUUGUUUUGUUAAAUUAGGUUAAUUUUGUGUGACUUGGUGCAGGAGCUAUUAGGUGUUGUCGGUUUAAAAUUUAUUAUUUGUAGAUUUAUUAGAAAUUGAGACUGUUAUCUAUCUAGUUUGCUGGUGAUAUGUUUGUGAAACAUACUGCUGUUAAGUGCUAAUUAGAUGACCUAUUCACCUGAUAACAUACAUCAGCUUCAGGAAGCUAUUUGCACUUUGAACAGUGUAUUUGCACACUGAAUCAAUAAUAUAUCUUGUACAUGUACGUUGUUGGUAUGGCAGUCAUUUAUCAUGCAUUUUGAAUACACAAUGUAAUUAUGAAAUGUGAGGAUUUGAAUUUAUUAUAUGACUAUAUUUAAAUGGUAUGUGAAGGGUAAAUUAUGGUUAUGAAGAAACAAUUUAUAAGUUAAGUUAUGAGUGUUAAAGUUCUUAAUGUACACUUUUAUAUAAAGUAAUUAUGAUUUUAAUAAAUUAUUUCCUAUUUAUAGUUUGUGCAAAGCUCAAAUAUAAUGUAAACAAUUUGCAUCACACCAAAGCUAAUAGAAACUAUUACAACAUAAGAAUUUGUUGUACCAUUUUAUAAUUUCAUAUCCAAUUAUAUUUAUUAAGUUGAUAUUUCAUAUUAGUGCAAUUAAAACGUAAUAAAAAUCGUAAAAUCCAUGAAAUGGACCAUUAUUAUAUUGCAUAUUGUCAAUAAAUGUAUUGAGAAUUUAA